AUCCUUUGUUUCUUUCCUUUAUGCCACACAUUUUCCUUCCAUUGCACUAUUGAUAGGAAAAGCUGUACAUUUUAGUAUGAAUGAAAUCACUUUGGAUCUCUUGCCUCAAGAUUGUUUCGAACACAUAAUGUCCCUAACAUCAUCUCCUCAAGAUGUUUGCCGGUUGUCGCUCGUCUCUUUGCCAGUCCGGUCCAUGGCCGAUUCCGACUCCGUGUGGGAGAGGUUGCUGCCGUCAAACUAUGAAGAAAUUCUCUCCAGAUUAGUCUCUCCGUUGCUUUAUUCAUCCAAGAAAGAGUUGUUUUCCAGGUUAUGUAAACCUCAACUAAUUGAUGGAGGCAGAAAGGUCUUUUCCUUAGAGAAAUCAAUGAGUAAGAAUGUUUACAUGUUGUGUGCAAGGGAGCUUUCAAUCCAAUGGGCAAGUCAUCCUCUAUACUGGUCCUGGAAACCCUUUUCUCAAUCAAGAUUUGCAGAAGUUGCUGAGCUCAGGACUAUUUCCAGGCUAGAAAUCCAAGGUUCAUUUCAUACCCGACUGCUAUCACCAAGAACAGUUUAUGGUGUCUAUCUCAUUGUGAAGUUCGCCGGCCGCGCUUACGGACUAGACACUCUGCCGUCGGAGGUGUCUGUUGAAGUUGGUGAUUUCAGGUCACAGGGGACGGUGUACCUGAGCCGGCGUGAGAGUAAGAAACAAGCUUUGGAGUGCAUGGAUUUUGUGAAGGCAAUGAGAUCAAAGGUGUUUCAAGAGAGACAAGGCCCUCGUGAGCGCAGAGAUGGGUGGAUAGAGAUUGAGAUGGGGCACUUUUAUUAUGGCGAAGGUGAGGAGGAGGUGAAGAUGUGCCUGAAGGAGGUGAAGGGGGUCCAUCUCAAAGGUGGUCUUAUUGUUGAGGGAAUUGAACUUAGACCCACUAAACAAUAACAAAGGCUGAGGGCUUCUAUUUGUAGAUUGAUAUACGACUGUCAUAUAAUUUGAUGAUAUGAUAGUAAAAAUUAGUAUUUAUAAAAAUGUAACGUUAUUUAG